AUGGAACGGAUAUUUGGAGAAACUUCUGAGAAGAACCUCUACCUCUCCCAGCUCAUCAUCCUAGACACCCUGGAGAAGUGCCUGGCUGGACAAUCCAAGGAUUGUUUGCGCCUGGAUGAGACCAUGCUGGUCAAACAGUUGCUGCCGGAGAUCUGCCAUUUCAUCCAUACGUACCGUGAGGGCCACCAGCAUGCUGCUGAGCUCCGGGCCUCAGCCUCAGCUGUUCUCUUCUCUCUGAGCUGCAACAACUUUAAUGCCGUCUUCAGCCGCAUCUCUACCAGGCUACAGGAGCUAACAGUGUGCUCGGAGGACAAUGUGGAUGUUCAUGACAUAGAGCUGAUGCAAUACAUUAAUGUGGACUGCUCCAAGCUGAAAAGGCUGCUCCAAGAAACAGUGCUGAAGUUUCGAGCUCUUAAGAAGCCUGCCCAACUUGCAGUGAUUAACAGUUUAGAGAAGGCAUUUUGGAACUGGGUGGAAAAUUAUCCAGAUGAGUUCACCAUGCUCUACCAGCGACCACAGGCAGAUAUGGCAGAAGCUGCAGAGAAGUUGUUUGACUUGGUAGACAGCUUUGCGGAGAGUGCCAAAAGAAAGGCAGCUGUUUGGCCACUGCAGAUCAUCCUCCUCAUCCUCUGUCCAGAGAUUACACACACCAUUUCCAAAGACACAGUGGAAGACAGCAAGGCCAAUAAGAAACUCUUUCUGGACAGUUUGCGGAAAGCUUUAGCUGGCCAAGGUGGCAGUAAGCAGCUGACGGAAAGUGCUGCCAUCGCUUGUGUCAAACUGUGUAAAGCCUCCACCUACAUCAACUGGGAAGACCAUUCAACCAUAUUCCUCUUGGUGCAGUCCAUUGUUAUGGAUCUCAAGGCUCUGUUGUUCAACCCAGCAAAACCCUUCUGGAGGGGGACGGGAAGCCAGAACACUGAUGUGGAGCUCAUGAUGGACUGCUUUGUCUCCUGUUUCCGCAUCAAUCCUCACAACAACCAGCACUUUAAGGUCUGUUUGGCCUCCUCCUCCCCCUCCACCUUUCACUUUGUCCUGGUAAACUCGUUGCACAGAAUAAUCACCAAUUCCCAUCUGGACUGGUGGCCUAAGAUCGAUGCAGUGUACUGCUACUCUGGAGAGCUUCGCUUUAUGUUCUCAGACACCCUCCACCGGGUGAUCCAAGGUGUUGGCACCCAUGCUCCACUACGUAUGACACCGAGUUUGACAUUCAAAGGAAAGAUGACCACCAGCCUUAAAUUCAAAGAGAAAGCCACAGAACUUGACACUCGAAGUUACAAGUGCCUCCUUCUUUCUCUGGUCAAACUCAUCCACGCUGAUCCCAAACUCAUGUUGCAUAACCCAGUCAAGCAAGCCCCAGAGAUGCAGAGCAGCACAGCAGAGCUCAUCACUGGCCUGGUGCAGUUAGUCCCUCUAACUAACACCACCCAGCUCUCACAAGAAGCCAUGGAGGCUCUGUUAGUUCUGCACCAGCCGGAGACCAUAGAGCUGUGGAAUCCUGAGUCUCACAUAGAGACAUUCUGGGAUAUCAGUUCGCAGGUGCUCUUCCUUAUCUGCCGCAAACUGAUUGGCCAGCAAAUGGUUAAUGGGACAGAAGUGCUCAAAUGGUUGCGAGAAAUCCUUAUUUGCAGGAACAAGUUUCUGCUCAAGAACAAGGAGUGUGCCACUAUGGGUGGCAGUAUUCCCAUUUGCCGGCAGGCACAGACAAAGCUGGAAGUAUGUCUCUACUUGUUUCUGUGGAGUCCAGACACUGAGGCGGUCCUGGUGGCCAUGUCGUGUUUCCGCCACCUCUGUGAGGAGGCUGACAUCCGCAGUGCUGCCGAUGAGGUGCCCGUUCAGACCAUUCUGCCCAACUACCCCACCUUCAGUGAACUGGCAUCUGUCAGCAACAUGAUGGGAACAGGCCGGUCCACCUUGCAAAAGAGGGUGAUGGCCUUGCUAAGGAGGAUAGAACACCCCACACCAGGAAACAUUGAGGCUUGGGAGGACACAUACAAUAAAUGGGACCAAGCCACCAAACAGAUUCUCAAUUUCCCCAAAAACAAGGCAGACGAUGGGCAGCAGGAGUGGAUCAACAUGACGGGCUUCCUGUGUGCCUUGGGCGGUGUGUGUCUCCAGCAACGCAGCACCCCUGGCCCAGCCACCUACAGCCCACCUAUGGGCCCCCUGAAUGAGCGCAAACAUUCCAUGAUCUCCAUGGGCCCCUGUGAUGUGUCCAACCCUAUAGCCUCGGGCUCCUCCUGCUCCUCAUCAGCCUCCAGUGAGACACCUGUCAGCCGCUUCUUGGACCGGCUGCUGGCCCUGCUGGUGUGUGGCCAUGACAGGGUCGGCCUCCAUGUUCGCACCAAUGUGAAAGACCUGCUGGGGCUGGAGCUCAGCCCUGCUCUCUACCCCAUGCUCUUCAACAAGCUGAAGAACAGCAUUGGCAAGUUCUUUGACACACAGGGGCCGGUUCCCAUCAACGACACAAAUACCCAGUUUGUGGAACAGACUAUAGCCAUCAUGAAGAACCUUUUAGAUAACCACACAGAGGGCAGCUCUGAACACCUGGGACAGGCCAGCAUUGAGACCAUGAUGCUGAACCUCGUCAGGUAUGUACGCAUUCUGGGUAAUGUGGUGCAUGCAAUUCAGAUCAAAACCAAGCUAUGCCAACUGGUGGAGGUGAUGAUGGAGAGACGAGAUGACCUGUCCUUCUGCCAGGAGAUGAAGUUCAGAAACAAGAUGGUGGAGUACCUGACCGAUUGGGUGAUGGGAACCUCCAACCAAGCUGCUGAUGAUGACAUCAAGUGUCUGACUAGGGACCUGGACCAGGCCAGUAUGGAGGCAGUAGUGUCUUUGUUAGCCGGUCUUCCUCUACAGCCGGAGGAGGGAGAUGGAGUAGAACUGAUGGAGGCUAAAUCUCAGCUCUUCCUCAAGUACUUCACCCUGUUCAUGAACCUACUAAAUGACUGCAGUGAGGUUGAGGAUGAGGGCCAAGCAGUAGGAGGGCGAAAAAGAGGAAUGUCCCGCCGUCUGGCCUCCCUCCGCCACUGCACCGUCUUGGCCAUGUCCAACCUGCUGAAUGCUAAUGUAGACAGUGGACUCAUGCACUCUAUUGGUCUGGGUUACCACAAGGACCUGCAGACCCGAGCCACCUUUAUGGAGGUGCUGACCAAAAUUCUGCAGCAGGGAACAGAGUUUGACACCCUGGCGGAGACUGUACUGGCUGACCGCUUUGAGAGGCUUGUGGAGCUUGUCACCAUGAUGGGAGAUCAGGGAGAGCUGCCCAUCGCUAUGGCACUAGCGAAUGUUGUUCCUGGGUCCCAGUGGGAUGAGCUUGCCCGAGUCCUGGUGACGCUGUUUGACUCCCGCCACCUUCUUUACCAGCUGCUUUGGAACAUGUUUUCUAAAGAGGUGGAGCUAGCUGACUCCAUGCAGACUCUUUUCAGGGGAAACAGCCUGGCCAGCAAAAUAAUGACUUUCUGUUUCAAGGUGUAUGGGGCAGCAUACCUGCAGAAGUUACUGGAGCCUUUAUUAAAAGGGGUCAUCACAACCCCUGAACACAUCAGCUUUGAGGUGGAUCCCACCAGGUUGGAACAAGGUGAGAACCUGGAUGAGAAUCAGAGGAACCUACUGCAGAUCACCGAACGGUUCUUCCAAGCCAUCAUCGGUUCAUCCAGCGAGUUCCCCCCACAGCUCCGCAGUGUCUGCCACUGUCUUUACCAGGCUACUUGCCACUCUCUACUGAAUAAAGCAACAGUAAAAGAAAAAAAGGAAAACAAAAAAGCAGUGGUGAGUCAGCGGUUCCCACAGAACAGCAUUGGUGCGGUGGGUAGUGCCAUGUUUCUGCGCUUUGUCAACCCAGCUAUUGUGUCCCCCUAUGAGGCCGGCAUCUUGGACAAGAAGCCUCUGCCCAGAAUAGAACGGGGUCUCAAACUCAUGUCCAAGAUCUUGCAGAGUAUUGCAAACCAUGUCUUGUUUACAAAAGAAGAGCACAUGAGGCCUUUUAAUGACUUUGUGAAGAGCAACUUUGAUUCAGCCAGGAGAUUUUUCUUGGACAUAGCAUCUGAUUCUCCACCUAGUGACUCUGUCAACCACAGUCUGUCCUUUAUCAGUGAUGGCAAUGUGCUGGCAUUACACCGCCUGCUGUGGAACAACCAGGAGAGAAUUGGCCAAUACCUCUCCAGUAACAGGGACCACAAGGCUGUAGGCAGGCGACCUUUUGACAAGAUGGCAACCCUGCUGGCCUACCUGGGACCUCCUGAACACAAACCUGUGGCUGACACACACUGGUCUAGUCUCAACCUGACCAGCUCCAAGUUUGAAGAGUUCAUGACCAGGCACCAGGUCCAUGAGAAGGAGGAAUUUAAAGCCUUAAAGACCCUCAAUAUCUUCUACCAGGCAGGAACAUCCAAGACUGGCAACCCAGUGUUCUACUAUGUGGCUCGCAGGUUUAAAACAGGCCAGAUCAAUGGUGACCUGCUAAUCUACCAUGUCCUCCUCACUCUCAAACCCUACUAUGCUAAGCCCUAUGAGAUAGUUGUGGACUUAACACAUGUAGGACCCAGCAAUCGCUUCAAAACAGACUUUCUGUCCAAGUGGUUCGUCGUCUUUCCUGGCUUUGCCUAUGAGAAUGUAGCAGCUGUUUAUGUCUACAACUGCAACACCUGGGUGAGGGAGUACACAAAGUACCAUGAGCGGCUGCUGACAGGACUGAAGGGUAGCAAACGGCUUCAGUUCAUCGACUCUCCGGCUAAGCUGGCUGAGCACAUUGAACCUGAUCAGCAGAAGCUGCCUGCAGCCACAUUGACCCUGGAGGAAGACCUUAAAGUGUUCCACAAUGCCCUCAAGCUGGCCCACAAAGACACCAAGGUUUCAAUAAAGGUGGGCUCAACAGCAGUUCAGGUAACCUCAGCCGAGCGUACCCGUGUCCUCGGCCAGCCUGUCUUCCUCAAUGAUGUCUACUACGCCUCAGAGAUUGAAGAGAUCUGCCUGGUCGAUGAGAGCCAGUUCACCCUCACCAUGGCCAACCAGGGCACCCCGCUCACAUUCAUGCACCAGGAGUGUGAUGCCAUCGUCCAGUCCAUCAUCCAUAUCCGGACUCGCUGGGAACUGUCCCAACCUGAUUCCAUCCCACAGCACACCAAAAUCAGGCCAAAAGAUGUUCCCGGCACUCUGCUCAACAUCGCCCUGCUGAACCUCGGCAGUUCUGACCCCAGCCUCAGGUCUGCAGCUUACAAUCUUUUGUGUGCUUUGACCUGCACCUUCAACCUAAAGAUAGAGGGCCAGCUGCUGGAGACGUCUGGCCUCUGCAUCCCAGCCAACAACACCCUUUUCAUAGUUUCCAUCAGCAAGACUCUGGCUGCCAAUGAGCCACAUCUGACACUGGAGUUUCUGGAGGAGUGUAUUUCAGGUUUCAGCAAGUCCAGUAUUGAGCUAAAACAUCUGUGCCUCGAGUACAUGACACCCUGGCUGCUCAACCUGGUUCGCUUCUGUAAGCACAAUGAUGAUGCGAAGCGCCAGCGUGUCACUGCCAUUUUGGACAAACUCAUCACUAUGACGAUCAAUGAAAAGCAAAUGUAUCCCUCUAUCCAGGCUAAGAUCUGGGGUAGCCUGGGCCAGAUAACAGACCUGCUGGAUGUGGUUUUAGACAGUUUUAUUAAGACCAGUGCCACAGGAGGCCUGGGUUCCAUCAAAGCAGAGGUCAUGGCUGAUACGGCAGUGGCUCUGGCUUCAGGAAAUGUUAAACUUGUCUCCAGCAAGGUUAUUGGCCGGAUGUGUAAGAUCAUCGAUAAGACGUGCCUGUCACCAACGCCCACACUAGAGCAGCACUUGAUGUGGGAUGACAUUGCCAUUUUGGCACGCUACAUGCUCAUGCUGUCCUUCAACAACUCGCUGGAUGUUGCAGCCCACCUUCCCUACCUGUUCCACGUGGUGACCCUGCUGGUGGCCACUGGGCCACUGUCCCUGAGGGCCUCCACACAUGGUUUGGUUAUAAACAUCAUCCACUCUCUGUGCACAUGCUCGCAGCUCAACUUCAGUGAGGAGACAAAGCAAGUUCUGAGGCUGAGCCUGACUGAGUUCUCCCUGCCAAAGUUCUACCUGCUGUUCGGUAUCAGCAAAGUCAAGUCAGCUGCCGUCAUUGCCUUCCGCUCCAGCUACAGAGACCGCUCCUUCUCGCCGGGCUCCUACGAGAGGGAGACGUUUGCCCUGUCCUCCCUGGAGACUGUUACUGAGGCCUUAUUGGAGAUCAUGGAGGCUUGUAUGAGGGACAUCCCAGCCUGCAAGUGGUUAGACCAGUGGACAGAGCUUGCACAGAAGUUUGCAUUUCAGUACAACCCAUCUCUCCAGCCCAGAGCGCUCGUGGUGUUUGGCUGUAUUAGUAAGAGGGUGAGUCAUGGCCAGAUCAAGCAGAUCAUCCGAAUCCUCAGUAAGGCCAGCCCUCUGCUCAGCAUAGACCGGGGUCUGGAGAGCUGUCUGAAGGGGCCUGACAAUUACAACAGCCAAGUAUUAAUAGAGGCCACAGUCAUUGCUCUGACUAAGCUGCAACCUCUACUUAGCAAGGAGUCUCCCAUGCACAAAGCUUUGUUCUGGGUGGCAGUAGCUGUGUUGCAGCUGGAUGAAGUUAACCUUUACUCUGCCGGAACUGCCCUGCUGGAGCAGAACCUUCACACUCUGGACACGAUGCGUGUCUUCAACGACAAGAGUCCAGAAGAGGUGUUUAUGGAGAUCAGGCGCCCUUUAGAGUGGCACUGUAAGCAGAUGGAUCACUUUGUGGGCCUCAACUUUAGUGCCAACUUCAAUUUUGCUCUGGUGGGCCACCUACUUAAAGGCUAUAGACACCCAUCACCCACCACAGUAGCUAGGACAGUGAGGAUACUGCACACACUCUUGGCUCUCAUCAGCAAGCAUCUCAAAUGUGACAAGUUUGAGGUCAACACCCAUAGUGUGGCCUACCUGGCAGCACUGCUCACUGUAUCUGAGGAGGUCCGAAGUCGCUGCAGCCUCAAGCACAGGAAGUCACUACUGAUUUCUGACCUCUCUGUGGACCCAGUACCCAUGGAUACCUAUUCCAGUCACAUCACUGAUCCCAGCUGCAGAACUCUGCGAGAGACUCAGCCAUGGACAUCACCUCAGGUUUCAGAGCGCUACCUUUCUGCCCAUUACCCCACAGUGGGCCAGAUCAGCCCACGAACACGCAAGUCCAUGAGUCUGGACAUGGGUCAGCCGUCGCAGGCCAAUACCAAGAAGCUCCUGGGCACUAGGAAGAGCUUCGAUCAUCUCAUAUCGGACUCUAAAGCACCAAAGAGACCAGAAAUGGAGUCGGGUAUGACCACUCCUCCCAAGAUGAGACGUGUAGCAGAGAAUGACUACGAGAUAGAGACACAAAGAAUCGGAAAUUCCCACCUUCGGAAGGUGUCUGUAUCAGAGUCCAAUGUUCUGCUAGAUGAAGAGGUGCUCACGGACCCAAAGAUCCAGGCUCUGCUGCUCACUGUGCUGGCAACCCAGGUUAAAUACACGACUGAUGACUUUGACCAGCGAAUUCUGUAUGAGUACUUGGCUGAAGCUAGUGUUGUAUUCCCAAAAGUUUUCCCUGUUGUCCACAACCUGCUGGAUUCUAAGAUCAACACUGUGCUGUCAAUGUGCCAGGACACCAACCUCCUGAAUCCUGUCCAUGGCAUCGUUCAGAGUGUGGUGUACCAUGAAGAGUCACCGCCCCAGUACCAACCCUCCUAUUUACAAAGCUUUGGCUUUAAUGGACUUUGGAGGUUUGCAGGACCCUUCUCUAAGCAAACACAGAUACCAGAUUAUGCUGAGCUGAUCGUUAAGUUUCUGGAGGCGUUAAUUGACAGCUACCUACCAGCGGCUGAUGAGGAGCGAGGGGAGGAGCAGCUAAGGACGCCAACUUCCCCCUACCCUCCCACCAGCCAGAGCCAGCUCAGCAUCACUGCCAACCUCAACCUGUCCAACUCCAUGACCUCACUGGCCACCUCACAACAUUCACCAGGUGUUGAUAAGGAGAAUGUCCAGCUAUCCCCCAGUUCUGCUCUGUCCAGCGGGGGUCGCACUCGCCACGGUUCAGCCAGUCAGGUCCAGAAGCAGCGCAGCGCUGGCAGUUUCAAGAGACCGAGCAUCAAAAAGAUUGUCUGAUCAGCCAGAAAACACCCAGCCCUCACAACUCCUCCUCCUCUCCACUCCUUCCCAGCCUGCCAGGCCUGCUGCACUCUACUUUUUACUGUUUUGAAUUUUUUCCUUCUUCAUCAUUGUUGCUCUGGCAGGAGAACAUGUGAUUUUGGAAUAUUAGCAAGGGCAAAUUUUCUUCAAGGAUGUUCAGCUGUAGUAAUGGCGGUCACCCAUGAAACUAUUGAAGAAAUAAUCCCUCCGAGGCUGAUGGGAAUACUGUCUGUAAAUCAAAGUUUAGUGGACUUGGACUUGGAUCCGAAACACAUCCCUUGAUCUAUGAGACAGGACCUUGUUCAGACAUUUCAUCUUCCCUCCCCUAGUCCUGUACAUAUUUUACAUAGACAGAUUAUGUAUAACUAGUCCUUAGUGCUAAUUUAGAUGUUGACGUUUUCUCCAUGGUGUGCCUUUGUCAGGGUUUUUCAAUGUGUACAAUUUGUAAAGUAAGAGUCAAACCUUGCUGGGGUCAAAGAACAGGUACUAAUUAUGGAGGCAAGCUGUCCAUAUCACCACAAGUUCACCCAAGCUGCCUCAAGACCGGCCUCCAAUGAUCGUCAAAUAUACAAUCAUCCAUAUACCCUGUUGCCUGAAAAUAUUUAUCCUGUACAGCUAGAUAGUGCAACACAAAUCUUUUUUUUCAAACACUUUCCAAAAAUGUUUUCUUUUCAAACACUUUCAAUGUAUCAACAUGAAGAUUGCAAAACACUAGGGGAAAUGCAACCAUGUAAAUAGCGUUGAGCUUUGUUUUGUCUUGUUUUUUUUGGGGGGGGGGGCUUGUGCAAUUUGCUUUUAUUUCGCUGUUUUUCGUUUAUUCGUGUAUUUUCAGCAGCCUAACAAAGCAAAAUUGUGUAAUAGGCAAUAAUCCUCAACUCUCAAACUCCUUUGUCAACCACCAGUUUUAUUUGUACAGCGAACAGGGAGGCAACAUUACUAUAUCAGCUCGGUGCAAUAUAAUGCCAAAUCCUUAGUUACCUGUUAACAUAGAGAUUUAGUGCUUAUUAAUUACCUCUGAGGACCAUUUGAAUAGAAAAGAGGCAGUUGACAGUGUGAUCAUACACACCUCCAUUUCACCUCAACAGUCUAAACUGGACCCACAACCAUCUAAACCAGUCUGGACCCAGAGGUUUGUCCUGUGGGCUCUUAAAAAGAAAAAUCUACCCUAUAUGAAACUUUGAUGGGGCUAUUUAUCAUUUCAUAAUAGUGGGAACAUAAACACAUACCAGUGUGUUCAUAUCAAGACAGAAACAUUCUGUUUUCUGCAUCUUUUGCACACUAAAAGCACACUUUUGUAUUAUUUAACAACAAAAUCAAAUUUGACCCUUAACAAGCAUCAGAACUGUGAGAUGUGCUUAAAACCUAGUAGGUCACUGAUCUGUCACACUUCACAUUCAGAAAGCCAAACUUCUCAAGUGUUCAAUGAAAUAAACUAAACUUGGAAAAUAUAUUAUCGAAGACUUAACAUGGUGCCGACUGUCAGUGCACUGACUACAGAAGCAGGUCCUUUGCUUGUCUCUUUUGCUUGGUAUCUUUUCUUACUCCGACACAAAACAGUGUCUGGUUUUUCUGUAAUUUCUUUAAUGUGAAUGUUGAAAUAAUCAGAAAUAUUUGAGAUCUCAAAACAUAAAACUGCAAACAUCUGGUACUGGUCUUAUUCCCACAGACUCGAACACAGAUUCUUGAGCACCCAGUCAUACAGGAUGCAAGUCAUCACACCACUGACCCAGCUGACACAGAUUCAAGAGUUUCCUUAGUGGAGAAGUGUAAGAUGGUGGAAUUUUCCUGUUGGGAUCUUUAGUAAUAAUAAUUCAGGAUAUUGUUGAUGCAGAGGCCAGCUGUGUCAUUUUAAACCAACCCUCUAAUACCCCCCCGAGAUCUGAUAGUAGCAGAUCUUCUGCACUGUAAAGCAUCUGCUUUCAAAAACAUGUUCUGUUGCUGCUGAAGGGUUUAGUUUGAACUCAAUUAACUACACACACUGCUGACUGCUUUUCAAAGCGUACUGUAGUCUUUUAACUGGUUGAGUGCAUUUCUCCAGGCAGCCAUUUGUUUGUAUUUAUUCCAUAAUGUUGAAACUUGCUUAAGGUAACUAAGCCAUCACUGCCAACAUAAUAUCUGUUGUUAGUGUUUACCUGUUAUAACUUGUGGUAAUACAGUGCACAUCUUAUCACCUAUGUCUCUUUAUUACAGCUUGUUCACCAGAGAGCAGUUUGUUUUAACACUGAAAUGUUCACCUUACUACAUAUGUUCAAUCAUUAACCAUAUUUGUCUCACCAAUCUCAGAACCCAUUAUCUGAAGAUUUUUUUCAAUGUAUUUAAAUUUAAAAAUCAUUCAAUCAAUCACUGUGCCAAAAUAAUAUCCAUCCUACAGUAUAAGCAUUCAUGGUGAUCAUUGUGAUGGAUAACAACAGCCUGCAGGUUGAUUUUGACGUUUUUACUGAAUUAAUAGGAACCAAUAGCUGCCAGAAGGGUAUAAAGAUACUAAAACAGUAUGGUUUUCUGUGGAGUCACAUGGUUUGCAGUAAAUGGGUUUAAACAUACAGCUCUAACAGCAGCAGCAGCUGUUUACACAUGUUGCGAUAGAUUUGAUUUGUUUGUUUGUUUUUUCAGCAAGUGUACAACUGGACUUUACUGUUUAGUGCUCCCCUCGCAACCUCCAUCCACAGCUCAACAGGGUUGGUUUGUCAAAAUGCUUCUAUCCUGCCUUAACAUCUAUGCAUGAUAAGAGUUGAGUAUUGUUGUACAACUCUGACUUUAUUUUUGUCUGAGCAGUGUCUACACAAGUCUGAUGACUUUUCUUACAAUUUUAAGUGUUUAUAUUACUUUAUGUAUACAUUUCUGGUUCAGUUCACUGUUUUGUAGCCAUCUGAUGGGAUGUCUUAUUUUCUUCUGUCUAUGUAGUUCAUUCAGUGAAUCCCUGAUCAAUACAUAAAUUCCAUCGAAUGGGAAACUUCAUUCAAGACAGUCUUAGAAAUAGCAUUUUGUAAUUUAGCCUCAAAGAACAAUAAAAGGAAGACUGAGUAAAGAGAAUUAGGAAUUUCCUAGUUUCAGAUUCAGCUUCAAGAGUUUAACAAAUUAGAAAUUGUACCUCCCUUUUUGUUGCCCUCUAUCACUGACAUCUUUUCCUUAAUAGAAUUGUUCUAAGAAAGAAAGCAAGGACCAAACCAAGAAAUGUGUUGCAUUGUCUGUUUAGGGAAAGUUAUAAAAAGUCACUCUGACCAAUCUGCUGAUUUUACUGUAAUAAAAAUCGUUUCAGACACUAUUAGACAGUCCAACAAAUACUUGGUUUCAAGCACAUUUUAGCCUUGAGCCACUAAUUUUAUUGGACAAAUAAAUCCAAUCUGAUGUCAGGUUUCCAAAACUAAUGUUUUUAUUUUCAUGGACUGGCUGAUGCAUUUAAAUAAACAUCUGCCCUCCUUCACAUGUAAAUAUAAAGGAGGGCUUGGAAAGGGAGCAAGCAUGGAGUUUCAUCACCUUUAGGUUUUGAUAGUCACAUUCUUUAAGGGCACAGGAUGUUUGGACAGUGAUGGCUUGGUACAGAGUGGCUAUGGACAUCAGAUUGGAAGGAUUUUAGGGUGGAGGGCCACUGAAGCUGUAAAGGUACGUGUUUAUUCAUAUUUAAGUGUCAGAUUCCACAGAAAUGUCUCAUUGAAUAACUCAAUCCAUUGUCUCUACUCACCACUGUUCACUAACUGUUCUUAAAGCUACACCUGCUGAUUUUCUUCUAAAAAGUGUCCACAAAACAUGAAUCACAGAAACAGCGAGUGUAUCUUCAACAGAACACAUCUGGGAAAAAUCAGAAGGCAAGAUUUGUUUGAGUACGGUGUUAGCAGAUUGCCAUUGUUUCCAGGUUUUAGUUUGUCUGAAUGGAAAUAUUAAGGAUUAUGUAACUAUAACCUCUUAAACAAGUGGUUGACUUGCACUAAUUUAAAAACAGUCAUGGGUUUGUAAAGAUGAAAAACCUCAAAAUGUGGCAUGUUUUAUUUGAUGUUAUGCAAAAUCUAAUGUCUGUAGAGUAAUAGUCUGAGUUUUGUUUUUAAUGCAGUAUGUGUGACAAUUGUAAAUACUUUGUGUACAAUUUGAGAUGGUAUAUUUACUACACUGUACAUACAUGUGAUAUUGUAUCAUUUUGUUUUUGUAAAGCAGUUAGUUUCUGUAUAAUAAUAUACAAAUCAAACUAUUCCAGUGUUAGUAAUAAAAUGUUUUGCUCU